UGUUUGCUAUAAACAGGAAGAAACAAAUUUGUUCUCGAGAAAACAGAAGGAAGCUUAAGUUUUGUGAUGAAGUGGAGUCAGUUUUACCACCUUGAAGUUGUUAUUUUCCUGUAACAGCAUGUCCCCAGCGGUUUUAAACCACAGAAACUUGCCUCAGAUUCUUCAUAUUUUUUUUUUUAAAAAAAAAAAAACAUUUUAAAGACAUCAUACUUUUUAUCCAUUUGUAGUUACAUAUAAUGAUGUGGAACGUGCGUGAAACCAGUUAUUUCCCGUCGUCGUUAUGAAUAUUAGCGAGUAGUGUUUCAUGGACCUUCAGGACUGACAUGAAAACCUUCCAUGACACGAAUAAGUUAAUGUAAAAUAGACGCACUUAGUGUUGGACAAAGCUCAGAGUGUACUCUUGAUGUGUGUCGUGUGACUGUGAGUCAGAGAUGUCGACUGUCUGUGUUUAAAGACUCAACACUUGUUUCCAGCCACUAGACGAACGGCUCGACUUGGCCAUGGACAUCCUGCGCUUCACCGUCACGCUGCUCAUGAUCAGCUUCUCGGCUUUAUCAGCCUACGAUGAGACCUGGUCCAUUCAGGUUUCCCCAGAGGUGCGAACCAUCGAGGGUUACCCCGCAGUGCUGCCCUGCUCCUUCACACACCCUGCACACACCCUACACUCCUCCAUGAACGUGGUGUGGCGUCUAGGCCACACCCGCACCAGCACCGUGCUCUUCCAUUGCUCCAGCCUCAACGGCAGCCAGCAAUGCGAGACCGGACCGGACCAGGACCAGCGGUACCGGCUGGAGGGAAACCACCGAGAGCAUGACCUGACUCUGCGUAUCAGCGGCACCGGCCUGCAGGACAACGGGCGCUACUACUGCAGCGUCGAGCUGCCCGACCAACCGCAUGCCAACUACGAGAACAAAAUGGGCACACGGCUCCGAGUGGAAGCUCCACCACGGAUCUUAAGCUUGUCCAUAGGGGGCAGCGUAGACACAAGUCUCAAAGCCCUGUGCCAGGUACAGGGGUCUCCGCUACCUGACGUCCAGUGGACGGGUUUAGAUGAAGUUCUCGAUGCAGAUAACGAAGCAGCCCCGCUCCUACAGGAAGCUCCGGAUCGCCACAGAACCACCAGCCAGCUCCUGGACAUCCAGCCAGGGGGGCAGUACACCUGCACAGCAUCCAAUCCUCUUGGCAACGACCAGGCUACGGUCUACAUUCUGCCCCCGAGUCCAGAAAAGUCCCAAACCAGCAGCAACAGUGGUGAUGCUUUAACCAUACCGCUGCUGCUUGGGUGCGUACUCUAGGGGGCGUGGUCUAUAGUCUGUACCUGUGGGAGGAACUCAGUAACUUCCCUGAAACCCACAGAAGCGUCGAUUCUCCGACACGUCCAUUUACACGUCAUCCAGACGUUUAUUGUUCUGUGUUUUGAACUCGGUUCAUGUUUGGUUUCGACAGUAGACGACAGAAAAGGGCGAGGCGAGCGCUUCCUCGAGUGUCUUUAUAAUAAAGAAACCGUACAAAACCUUCAUUUUCCCACAAGAUAUAGCGAACACAACUUCACCGGCGUGUCCAUUCACAUGCAUGAGAGAUAUACAGUAGAUAUAACACCUGGAGUUAUUUCUACUGCUCAUUUUGUACUUUCCAGAUGUGUUCACACUGACAUCACAGAUUCAGACUAAAAUCCCAGCGAUAGGCCGCUUAUAUUUACAUUACACACCUCUACAUCCAGACUGAAUAAAGCUUAUAUUAUUUGUC